AUGGUGCGUAUGGUGGCUAUGGUGGGUAUGGUGUCUAUGGUGGGUAUGGUGGUUAUGAAAACAGUUGAGGGAAAGAACAAGUUCAAGUAUUACUCAAGAGGUAUCAGUAUUACUCGGGAAAAAACAAAUUCAAGUAUUACUCGAGAAAGAACAAAAUCAAGAAUUACUCAAGAGGUAUCAGCUAGAGAAAGAACCCUGUAUUACUCGAGAAAGAACAAAAUCAAGAAUUACUCAAAAGGUAUCAGCAUUGCGCGAUUAAAGAACAAAUUCAAGACAUCAGUCUUGCGUGACGAGUGUAUUGGUAACAACAGCGUUCAGUGGAAGUCAGAGGCACAUAUUGUACAAGGUAAGCCCCGCCCACAAGUCAGCUGGUGGCACGAGGGAUCCCUUCUUGAUGACGUCAUAGAGAUGCCAAGCGGUGACGUCACCAGGAACAUCCUAACCCUGCCUAAUCUGACCCGACAGCACCUGUACAGAGUCCUCACGUGUCAGGCAUCGAACUCGAACAUGUCCUUACCUUCAGCUGCGACUGUGACCUUGGAUAUGAGCUACCCGCCCCUCGAGGUCAACAUCCUGGGCAGCAACGCACCGCUUUCCGAGGGCGAGAGGUACUCCUUGGUGUGUGAGGCCUCGGGUUCGAGACCGGCCGCGAGUCUGACCUGGUGGAUGGAGGGGGUGCUUAUGACGGAUACCAAGGACCAGAUAUUGCAAGAGGGGAACGUGAGUCGCUCCACCUUGCACGUGGUUCCGACAAGGAGCAACGACGGGGACAUGGUGUCUUGCAGAGCCGAAAACGCCAUGCUUGAAGGGGCAGCCAUGGAGGACACUCGGAAGCUCAUCGUCUAUUACGCCCCCAAGCUGGUCCUCCGACCUGGCAUGAACCUCAACAUGUCCAACAUCAAGGAGGGCGAGGACGUCUACUUCGAGUGCGACAUCCAGGCCAACCCGAAGGUGUUCCGAGUCCAGUGGUUUCAGAACGGCCAAGAACUCCACCACAACGUCACGGCAGGAGUGAUCUUGAGCAACCCGAGUCUCGUCCUGCAACGGGUGACGCGGAAAUCCUCGGGGCAUUAUACCUGCCGGGCAAUCAACCUGAACGGGGAGGCCAGUUCCAACGCCAUCCAACUCAGCGUCAAGUUCGCGCCCGUGUGCUCCGCCGACCAGAAGUGGGUGUACGGCGGCGGUCGACACCAGCCCGUGAACGUGACCUGCAACGUGGAGAGCCACCCCGAGGCCUCGACCUUCAAGUGGGCCUUCAACACGUCGAGCGAGUACGUGGAGAUCCCGCAGGACCGCAUCUUCUCGAGCCGCAGCCGCAGCAUGGUCGCCUACACGCCGCAGACGCACCACGACUUCGGUUCGCUGCUGUGCUGGGGCGUGAACGACGUCGAGAACCAGAAGCAGCCGUGCGUGUUCCACAUCGUGCCGGCGGCCGUGCCCGAGCCGGUGCACAACUGCAGCGUGUGGCACAACGCCAGCGCGGCCGGCGAGGUGGUGGUGGCGUGCGAGGCGGGCUGGAGCGGCGGCCUCACGCAGACGUUCACGCUGGAGGUGCGGAGCCGCGUGCUGGCGGCGCUGCGGGACCAGCCGGAGCCGCACUUCACGGUGACGGGGCUGGCGCCGGGCACCGAGUACCGCCUGGCCGUCGUGGCCUCCAACGCCCAGGGCGCCGCGCCGCCCACCGUCCUCGUGCACCUCACGCCCAUCGACGUCGCCGAGAAGCGCACCAGCCCCUCCGCCGCCGACUCCGCGGGCGCCGGCUCCCUCGUCAGCCUCACGCCCAUCCUCGCCGUGCUGCUGGGCGUGGCGGCGUCGCUGGUCGUGUGCUCCGUCGUGCUCGUGGUCGUCAUGCGCGCCCGCAGCGCCAACGCCCGCGCCCGCGCCGCCACGCAGACCAAGAUCAUCUACGACAAGGCGUCGCCGACCGCCAAGGGCGCCGACGACGGCGGCUUCGUGCAGCAGGAGAGGGGACCCGACAUCAUCCUCGUCAAGAGCGAUACGAGGGUACCAGGUGAAGACAAACAGCUGGUGCGAGACUACCUGAGAGGUCGUGAUGGCUCUUUCUACAUCAACCCAGGCUCCUUGCUCAACAAUGGUGCAGUAGUGACCCGGGAGACGGAGGCCCUUCUGCCGGACCCGACGACGAGCAGCAGCGCGUGUAGCCAGGGCGCCCCCGUCACCCGCGUCACCCCGUCGUCCUCCUCCUCCUCGCCCUUCCUCGCCUCCGUCACCUCCCCGUCGCCCGCCCUCACCUCCACGGACUCCCUGGCUCGCUCCUCCUUCUGCUCGGGCGUGGCUCACCUCCCGCCUCCUCCGUGUCGACCAACAGCCCCCGGGGAUCGACGUUCGACGGUGGCGCCUGCACCCCGACUACUGCGCUCAGGAGGACCCCAGGGCGCCCCUCGUCGCUGCGCCCCUCGUCGCCGCCGCCGCCGCCGCCGCCAGGGAACUCCGUCUAGUGCGCCAGGUCGCUGUUCAGGGGCGGCCUUUGAUUUUGCUUGGUGGGAUAUAGACAUAUUCUACGAUCUUUUUGCGGCUCUCAUCCUUCAUUUACUGAAGGCGAAAGGUGAAAGGUUCAACCGGGUUCUCUGCGUUCAGGUGUCCAUGGGGGUUCUGCUUCCUUCGUGUAAAGAGAACUUGAAAGAACUCCAUGCUAAGUGCCAAGGUUGA